GCGACGUCCACAAAUGUGUUUUGUGCCGUGUGAGGAUGUUUAACUAAACGUUUACGUUUCGGGUUGUUUUUGCAUUGGUUUUGAAUAAAUUUCCUUCUGGUGUUUUCCUGAGCUUGUAUCGGUAUCUUUGAGUGUAAUUUUUAAGAUGGAGGAAGUUACAAAGCAUUCUGUGCACACACUGGUGUUUAGGUCUUUGAAACGUUCACAUGAUAUGUUUAUAUCAGACAACAUUCAGCCGCCACCGAUUGAUGAGAAAAGUGAGAGAGUCAAGCUAGCCUGUAAAGUGAGAGAUGAGUAUGGAAUGGUCCAGCAUUUACCGCAACCUAAAGAAGUUAAACCACCAGCCAUUAAACAGAAUAACAGCAAUCACAUUCCACAGGACAACAGACCAGGUUUUGAGGACAUGCCAACACAAAUAACUCCAGGUUUUCAGUAUCCAAAUGCACCAGGUGUGCCGCUAUCUGCAGGUACUGCUGCUCAUCAAACUCCACUCAGUCAAAAGGCAGUGCAGGGUGUAUUAGCAAACCUACCACCAUCUCAAGCAUGGUUGGAUAAUGAAAAGACGGCAGCUGGUGUUGAAGAGAUUCAGAGGCAUGCUGGGAUACCAGAGAGGGCCGGACCACCCACAUCCAAGGCACUGGUCUCAAUGCAGGGACAGGGAGGAAAGCAGUCUGGUGCUCUAGUUACCAGAAAAGCACCCAUCAUGCCCAAGCCACAGUGGAGACCUCCAUGGAAGCUCUACAGAGUUAUCAGUGGUCAUAUUGGUUGGGUCCGUAGCAUUGCUGUAGAGCCUGGGAAUCAGUGGUUUGUUACAGGGUCUAGCGACAGAGUCAUCAAAAUAUGGGACUUGGCAAGCGGUAAGCUGAAGUUGUCCCUGACUGGUCAUAUCAGUGCUGUGCGGGGCCUUGCUGUUAGUAAACGCCAGCCAUAUCUAUUCUCUUGCAGUGAAGACAAACAGGUCAAAUGUUGGGAUCUUGAACAAAACAAGGUAAUCCGGCAUUAUCAUGGUCACCUUAGCGCCGUCCAUGCUCUGGACAUUCAUCCAACCAUUGAUAUCCUCGCUACCUGCGGCCGUGAUUCAACUGUACGUAUCUGGGACAUGAGAACAAAGGCCUGUAUCCAUACAUUAGCUGGACAUACAAACACAGUCGCCACAGUCAAAUGCCAGGCUGCAGAACCACAGGUUGUGAGUGGCAGCCACGAUUCAACAGUACGUCUCUGGGAUCUUGCAGCUGGAAAAAGUCGUGCAACUCUGACCAAUCACAAGAAGAGUGUCAGAGCUCUGGUCAUCCAUCCAAAGCUACACAUGAUGGCAUCUGCUUCUCCAGACAACAUCAAACAAUGGAAGUUUCCUGAUGGUAACUUUGUCCAGAACCUGAGUGGUCACAAUGCUAUUGUAAACUGCCUGGCUGUCAAUUCAGACGGUGUACUUGUCUCUGGGGGUGACAAUGGGAGCCUACAUUUCUGGGACUGGCGGACAGGCUACAAUUUCCAGCGUACCCAAGCCCCAAUCCAACCUGGCUCAAUGGACAGCGAGGCUGGUAUAUUUGCUUGCAUGUUUGAUAACAGCCAGAGUCGACUCAUCACAGCCGAGGCAGAUAAAACUAUUAAGAUAUACAAGGAGGAUGAAGAAGCGACGGAAGAUACACACCCAAUCAAUUGGAAGCCGGAAAUCAUGAAGAAGAAGAAAUACUAGAACAUCAGGGGAUGCCCACAGACUGCCCUGCUCUUCAUGCCUACCAACAGAUGCAGAGUUGACCAAAGAAGAUUUCACAUUCUAGUCGAAACAAAGUUUUAGCCGGGAUUUGGUAAAAGGGUGUCAUAAUUUGCUGGACAUUUCAAAACUAGGUGUCAAAAUUGUUCACUCACAAUACAUUUACAGUAAAUAAAAGAUGAAACAGCAGGCCUGUAUGCUUCGUUGGGCCCCAAGGCAUUUUCUUGUUGGUAAAGGGCACCCUAUGAGGAAAUUGUAAAU